UUUAAGGCCCAGCCGGGGAGCGCCCCGCCGAGGGGAGGCCCCGCAGCCCAGCCAUGGGGGACACCUUCAUCCGCCACAUCGCCCUUCUGGGCUUUGAGAAGCGCUUCGUCCCCAGCCAGCACUACGUGUACAUGUUCCUGGUGAAGUGGCAGGACCUGUCUGAGAAGGUGGUCUACCGGAAGUUCACGGAGAUUUACGAGUUACACAAACUGUUAAAGGAAAUGUUUCCUAUCGAGGCGGGGGACAUCAACCCACAGAACAGGAUCAUCCCCCACCUGCCAGCCCCACGGUGGUUCGAUGGGCAGCGGGCCGCCGAGAGCCGCCAGGGCACCCUCACCGAGUACUGCAACGCCCUCAUGAGCCUGCCGGUCAAGAUCUCCCGCUGCCCCCACCUCCUCGACUUCUUCAAGGUGCGCCCCGAUGACCUCAAGCUCCCCACGGACAGCCAGACGAAAAAACCAGAGACCUACCUGGUGCCAAAAGACAACAACAGUGUCUCGGACAUCACGGGCCCCAUCAUCCUGCAGACGUACCGGGCCAUCGCUGACUUCGAGAAGACUUCGGGCUCCCAGAUGGCUCUGGCCACGGGGGACGUGGUGGAUGUCGUGGAGAAGAGUGAGAGCGGCUGGUGGUUCUGCCAAAUGAAGACAAAGCGAGGUUGGGUCCCGGCGUCCUACUUGGAACCCCUGGACAGUCCUGACGAGUCAGAGGACCCAGAGCCCAACUACGAAGGUGAGCCCUAUGUCACCAUCAAAGCCUAUACCGCCGAGAUGGAGGACGAAGUGUCUCUGCAGGAGGGAGAAGCCAUCGAGGUCAUUCAUAAGCUCCUGGACGGUUGGUGGGUCAUCAGGAAAGACGACAUCACAGGCUACUUCCCGUCCAUGUACCUACAGAAGUCCGGGCAGGAUGUAGCCCAGGCCCAACGGCAGAUCAAGAGUCGAGGGGCACCUCCCCGGCGGUCGUCCAUCCGCAACGCGCACAGCAUCCACCAGCGGUCGCGGAAGCGCCUCAGCCAGGACACCUACCGGCGCAACAGUGUCCGCUACCUGCAGCAGCGUCGCCGCCCGGGGCGGCCGGGACCGCAGAGCGCAGCCAGCCCGCACGGUGAGCGCGGCCAGCCGCCUGGGGCGGGGGGGGAGCAGCGGGAGAGCGAGCGCGCAAAGCCACAGCCCGCAGUGCCCCCGCGUCCCAGCGCAAACCUCAUCCUGCACCGCUGCAGCGAGAGCACCAAGAGGAAGCUGGCGUCGCCCGUCUGAGGCCGGGCGGCUUCCCCGAGGUGGUGUCCUGGCUUCUCCGCCCUGCCCCGCCCCCUCCCUGUAUACACCUGUACAGACCCAGAAGUCUGGAUGCCUCGGGCAGCCCGGCCCCGUCCGGCUAACUGUUCCGCGCUCUCAAUUAAUGCUGCAGGGAGUGGGCAGAGGUCCUGCAGAGCAGCCGGGCGGACCGGGCUGGGGCAUGCCCUUGGGGUUAUUUAUAGAAUUGGGACUGUAGACUGUGCGCUUUGCUGCGGAGGGAAGUUGGGGGAAGUUGCUGGAACGGAGGUCGAGGUCCGUUGGCACACUGCCCUGGCCUUGCCCCAGACUAAGUUUGCACCGGGCCAAGUGCAAUACGAACCCCCGGUCCCCCCGCCCCCCGCGCUGCCUGUUUGGACAGAAGCUGCCUGCUAAAACUCUGGUCCCACUGCAGAAGAGUUCUGAAGGGUGCCGCAGCGCACCCUGUGUGCCCCUUACUUCGGUGACAAAGAAGAAUUGUCAUCUAGGUAUAGGGAGAUGGUUAUUCACUGCCCAGUUAGGAGGCUGUACCAGAAAGCAGUCACUCACUGAUGCACGGUCCCUCGCUGGCCCCACCAGCCCUGCUGCCAGCCCAUGGCCUCAAAGUCUUUGCUGGUGGAUCUUCUGCAAAAUGCAAAGACACCAGGGUGCCACCUGGGCUGCAAAUCUCGCAAAAGCAGCAGCUUAAGAGGAAGGCAGUGGGGAGGGGCGCCCCUCCCAUAGGGGAGGUGGCUCAAGACAAUGGGCAAGGCUGGUCCCUUUGAGAUAAGGGGACCCAGGCCUUGAGAACGUCCUGGGGCCCUUCGUCUGCUUUUUGUACACUCGGUGUGCUGGAAGAGUGCAGCCCCUCCCGCGCUAGCCUGCGAAGCUGUGCGAGAAUGAACCCCGACCAUCCCAACCCCUUUGCUUGUUCCGUCGCAAGUAUGAUUAAAAAAAAGUGUGAGAUAAAAA